UGUGCUAAAUCUUUUAUACUUUAAUAAGAUGAAUUGGGAAACUAAUAACAAAAGUGCUGGUCAGCUGAUGUUUUCAAUGCAUAUGAUAAAUGUUAUUAUACAUAUAUAUUGGUUUAUGUACAUUUAUACAGUAGAUUUCUAAAUCCUCCACAAGAAAGAACCUGAAAAGUGAAUGUAUUGUAAUGUGCAGACAGUGUUUUGAAGUUGAUAUGGUAGCUCUGAGACGACAUUCCUUUUGAGUAAAACCUAUUCUUAUCAAUUCUCAGAAUUUCACAUUUUGACCCAAGACUGUAUCUUGGAAACUACAGCCAAUCAGCAUUUUUGACUUAGUUUUUCCUUAUUAGUGACUUAAACUUGGUUAAGUUUCACAUCUUUUAUUCUGGAGGCAUUUUACUUGUAGACCAGUGUAAUGUAUUCAAACUAAAAGUACGUAGGAAAAUCUUGUUUUUUUUCCAGUAUAAAUAUAUUGGUAUUCAAUUAUUUUUGAACACAUGAUUAAAGACCAUUUUAUCUUCAUCACUAAGUGUGCUGUUUACAGAAAUGAACUCCACCCAUGGAUAUUUUGUAUUACAAAUUGACACCCAAAUGCAUGCUCGGUGCAAUAACAUAAGAGGUUUACAUUAUUUCAUCAUUAAAUUUAGCAUUCAGUUUCCCUUUCACUUGCUUUGAGUUUCAGUGGGCUGCAUGGUGCUUCACUCCCUCACUGCCAAAGAAUGCUGCAGUGUUAUUUACAGUAGAUGAAUCGUACACACUGGGUCCAGUUGCGAUGUUUAUAGGUUGCAGUGGAGCCCUACCCACAGCUGAAUUUUAAAUAGCUUUCAGACGAGGGCUGUCUUUCUUGGUGUUUGAUACAACUUACUAUAUGAUAAAUGCUACAAACUUCGUCUGCCUUCUUGAAAGUGGGGAGGAGGGGUACCCACCCAGUUCGUGUUGUUGAUUGUCGCGCAUGCGCAGAAAACAUAAUUCCGUUAGCUGUCAAAGUAGUCUGUUUUCUUCUUUAACCGUGGACCAAAAUGAAAGUGGACAUCGACUAGCGUGUUAAAUUUAUGUCGACUUUAGCGAACUUCAAGCCGCGAGGUUUUUAGAGCUUCUAAAAAUGCCUGGAGCGAGCUGGAAUCUGGGACUUGGUAUCUGCGAGUUCAAACUUGGACACUUACGUUAACGUUACCGGACUGCGUUAAAAAGCGACGACAUUUAAAGUUUCUGACUAAAAAGUCAACACCGAACUCACAUUCAAGAGGACUACACAGCUUUUUUCACUUUUUCUACGUUUUAUACAACAAGGAAGACACAAAGAAAGUUCUCUCUAACUAUGGUAGCUAACGUUACCUAGUCUCCUGGUGUAGCCUAGUACAAUAGAGGACGGACAGGUUACUCGGUUGCGAUGGGCAACCGCGGGAUGGAGGAGCUGAUCCCGCUGGUCAACCGCCUCCAAGAUGCCCUGGGCGGCGUGGGACAGACCUGCAGCCUUCACCUGCCACAGAUAGCUGUCGUCGGCGGUCAAAGCGCCGGCAAAAGCUCCGUCUUGGAAAACUUCGUGGGCAGAGACUUCCUUCCAAGGGGUUCAGGAAUUGUCACUCGCAGACCUUUAAUCCUCCAGCUUCUCACCUCCAACACAGAGUAUGGUGAAUUUCUCCAUUGUAAAGGAAAGAAAUUCACAGAUUUUGAUGACAUUUGUGGAGAGAUUGAAACAGAGACACAAAGACUUACAGGAAUCAACAAAGGCAUCUCUCCUAUCCCUAUUAAUCUACGGAUUUACUCACCACAUGUGCUCAAUUUGACCCUUGUUGAUCUGCCAGGCAUCACCAAGGUGCCUGUUGGUGACCAGCCUGCAGACAUAGAGUACCAGAUAAGAGACAUGAUCAUGCAGUAUAUCUGUAAGGAAAACUGUCUCAUCCUGGCUGUCACCCCAGCUAAUACUGACCUUGCUACUUCUGAUGCACUCAAACUGGCCAAAGAUGUUGACCCACAAGGCCAGCGCACAAUAGGUGUAAUCACUAAACUCGACCUCAUGGAUAAAGGAACAGAUGCGCUGGAAAUACUGGAGAACAGGCUGCUUCCCCUACGCAGAGGUUACAUUGGGGUUGUGAAUCGCAGUCAGAAGGACAUUGAUGGGAAAAAGGAUAUUAAGGCAGCUUUGCUUGCAGAGGAGCAGUUUUUCCAGUCUCAUCCGGCCUAUAGACACAUGGCUGCAAGAAUGGGCACCCCAUAUUUACAAAAAAUGCUCAACCAGCAACUGACAAACCACAUCCGGGACACUCUGCCAGCCUUCCGGUGUCAUCUGCAGAAUCAGCUUCUGACCUUGAACAAAGAGGCAGAAGAGUACAGACAAUAUGGUCCAGAUGACGCAGGACGUAGGACCAAGAUACUGCUAAAGUCAAUUCAACACUUGGCUGUUGACUUUGAGAAGCUAAUCGAGGGCUCAGGUGACAAAGUAGACACUAAUAAUCUUUCAGGAGGUGCUAGGAUCAACAGAAUCUUUCAUGAAUGCUUCCCUUAUGAACUGAUCAAGCUCGAGUUAGAUGAGCAAAAGCUACGUCGGGAGAUCACUUAUGCUAUCAGAAACAUCCAUGGUGUCAGGACAGGCCUGUUUACUCCUGAUCUGGCCUUUGAAGCCAUAGUGAAGAAACAGAUCUCAAGGCUAAAUGGGCCGUGUAUGAAAUUGAUUGACAUGGUCAGUCAGGAACUCCUCACCACUGUGCAUCAGUGCAUCAACAAGUUAAAUUCCUUUCCUAAACUGCGAGAUGAAACGGAGAAAAUUGUAACUACUGAAAUACGAGAACAAGAGAGUAAAUGCAGAGAUCAGGUUUUGCUGCUUAUUGAUGUGCAACUUGCAUACAUAAAUACCAAACAUGAAGAUUUUGUUGGUUUCACUAAUGCCCAGCAGACGCACAAUCAAAGCACUAAGAAGAUUGCAGCAGGAAUGGUAGGAAACCAGGCUGUGACCCCUCUCUCCAGUCUAAUAAUUAUACGCAAGGGUUGGCUGACCAUCAGCAACAUCAGCAUCAUGAAAGGUGGAGCCAAGGAGUACUGGUUCAUCCUCACAGCAGAGAGUCUGUCCUGGUUCAAGGAUGAUGAGGAGAAGGAGAAGAAGUACAUGCUUCCUCUGGACAACUUAAAACUGAGAGACACGGAGAAAGGUUUUAUGUCCAGCAAAUUCGCUUUUGCAAUCUUCAACACAGAGCUAAGGAAUGUGUAUAAGGACUACAAAUACCUCGAGCUGGCGUGUAACUCUCAGGAGGAGUUGGACAGCUGGAAGGCUUCGCUGUUGCGGGCUGGAGUGUACCCUGAGAAAGUCACUGUGGACGGACAGGGAAAUGGGGCGCCUGAAAACUUUACUGACCCCCAGCUGGAGCGUCAGGUGGAAACCAUCCGUAACCUGGUUGACUCCUAUAUGAGCAUCAUCUAUAAGACCAUCAGGGACCUAAUGCCAAAGACCAUUAUGCACCUCAUCAUUAACAGUGUGAAGGAGUUCAUUAGCUCUGAGCUCCUGGCCCAGCUCUACGCUCUGGGAGAAUGCUCAGCACUGAUGGAUGAAUCACCAGAGCAGCAGCAACACCGCGAGGAAGUGCUCCGCAAACAUGCUGCCCUGAAGGAAGCACUCUCUGUCAUCGGAGAGAUCUCCACCUCCACCUGCUCCACCCCUCUGCCCCCACCUGUCGAUUCCUCAUGGAUACAGCCCACCAGCCCCAGUCUACCUAGAAAAUCAGCGCCCGGUGGCAGGCUAGUGGUCCGCGGCCACGCCCCACCUGUUCCUCAGAUGACCACUCACAUUGCACCUACCGCCUCUGUAACCACCGAUGGCCUUAAGCAGCACCGCAGCCAACCCCAUCGCGCCCCUCCAAGUGUGCCAAAGAGGGUUCCACCAUCUAUCCCCAAUGUGAAGUGAGGGUUUUCUCUGUUCAGAAUGUCAUCAUCUGUCCAUCCCAGUGAUUCUUCAAGCUGCAGAUAACUACAACCCAGAGAGACCCGUGACCUGUGUGAUGUGUAAUCCAGCUGAAGCACUACGCUGGGCUUCUCUUUAUCUCCUAUGGGAACUGCUGUCUGCAAAAUUCACUCAGUCUUGGGUCUGUUUUGUAUAUAAUAUCAAUGGCCAUAAAUGCUGGAAUGUGCUCGGCUGUCUGCUGCUGACUUGUCUCAAGUGCCUUAAGAUUGUGUAAAUAAAAAUGUCAUUUAUUCUGCCGUAAAAGAUAAUACAUGCAUUAUUUUUACUGUUUGUGAAUAUUUGUAGCAGGACUGUACUGUCACCACUCCACCACCCAACUUGGUCUUCGAGUAGCAUUAGACCAGAAACGGGGAAAAAAAAAAUACUUGGCGGGUUGGGCUUAGUGGAAAAAAAUCUGAUUUAUUUCACCAACAUGUUUUGGCACAUGCUCUUUAUCAAAAUAAUUUACAGAAUGUGUGAAAAAUUCAGUCUGCAUAAUUACACUCUGCAAGAAGGCUGAAUUAUUAUCUUGUCCAGUGAGAACUCUGCUGCCAAAGGAUGUUCCCCUGAAAUGUCAAAGUACACGACAUAAUAAAACUAAAUAAAACCUCUCCCCAUCACAUAAUGUGAGCAUAAGUACCAACAGACUAUAAAUUAUGAAACGGGUGAAAAUUCAAAAGUGUUAAUACAGUUAAAACGUUUAACACAGUGUCAAACAGCCACAAUGACAAUAAAACUAUCAAUUUGAAUAAUAUCUUCUUUAAUUCCCCUUUGGGUAUAACCCUUUAGAACUGUAAAUCCAGAAAGCCACUUUUCUUAAGAACGUUAAAGUCACCCCCUUUGGCUCCGACGAUGUCCUGUACUAAUAAAAGAGAAAAUGACUGGCUACUGGGUGUUUUAAAGAACUCAUAUUUUCUGGUAAAUUAUCUUUCCAUAAGUGCCCUGUUUCCCUAACAUAUAUUUUACUGCAUGUGCCAUUUAUUUUCAUAGUUUUAUAUAUGAUUAAAGUUUGAUCUAUUACUCGUACUGACAGCUUUAAUGUCCAAGUAGUUCAUGAUGUGAAGCCUGUGAAGUGUUAGAUACUGAGGAGCACCUCUACAA